AUGUAUGAGCGCCGCCAAGCUCAGGUUUUGGACUGGUCGCUGAGCUACCCGGAUGCUCCCAAGUUGUUGGGUCCGGGCAAGUUUGUUUUCGGAGCUCUGCUGCACGGUGCACCUAGUGUUCAAUAUCAUUCCCACGAUGUGACGCAGGAUACGAAUGCAGACAUUCUGAAGAAUCAUAACCGCAGCGAAUGGACCGUAGCGCGCAGAUCAUAUUACAGAUUCUUAACCCUUCGCUCUUCCCGUAGAGCUUGGCAUGGUGCUAACCAAAAACGGUAG